GAACAGAAUUGGAUACCAACAAUGAGUUGAUGAUUAAUUUAUUAAAUAAGGCCCAUAAUACUGUCUACAAAUACAGAGAUGAUAAAACCCUACUACACAAGGCAGCCGAAUAAUAACAAAAAAAAAAAAAUGGACCUGAUGAUAACGUCGAGCGCAGAGAUGAAGAAGAUUACGAGUCUCGAUGAUGAUAAGCUUUGGGCAGGAUUUGAUUGGGAGGAAACUGAUAAAAUCCUGAGUGGUGAAAUUAAACCCAGGACCUUGAUCACUAGUUAUCCUUUCCCAGCUAUUCGAUAUCCUCAGAGAGGACCUUUGAUUGCACAGGAAUUGGUCUCAGUGUUCCCGAAUUCUUGCUACAUGAGGAGAGGGAUUAGAUCCAAAUUACAUGAGGUCAUAGCAAAAGCUAAAAAGAAGCAUUUUACAUCUCUAAUUCUCACUCAUACAAACUCUCGUGGACAUGAUGAACUCAUUAUCAUAAGCUUGCUGAAUGGUGCAUCCGCUGUUUUCAGUGUUAUUGAUUUCAUCCCACGGGCUGAUAUACCGAAUUGUGCAAAUCCCCUGAGCCGCCGCAUAUAUCCUGAGCUUCAUAUGAAGAGUUUUGAUUCUCAGGCCAGUGUUGGCACAGCCAGAAUGAUACAAGCACUCUUCCCCAAGGUCACUUCUUCUGGUGGAAGGCCUGUUGCAUGGUUUCAGAAGCAGAAUAAUCAUAUAUUUUUUCGAUCUCAUCGUUUCUGCUAUGAGGAAGCACUUUCAGGAGAAAGUUCAAGUGUUCGCAGACAAGUACAGGAAUGUGGACCUCGCUUCGCACUCAAGUUAAAGGCUGUUGAAAGAGUAUCGUUUGAAACCGGGAAAUUCAAAUUGCUUUGUGUGGUAAAUCACUGCAAGACUGAUUUUGUUUGAUGAGUAGUUUCUCUUGACAAGCCCUACCUAACACAACACAUUGUUUCUCCUUUGUUUUAGGAAGUCUUGGAUGAUUAUGCCUAGAUCAUUUCAGCUUUGACGACCCUUCUUGUUACGGUAGUCUGCGUAUUUCGUCUAAUUUGUUUGUCCUAGUCCAUGUUUUGUGCACAACUAAAACAAAAAAUCCAACUUUUA